UCUCAGACAGUGCGCUGUCGGAGUUUAAACCAGUAUCGACUAUAGAGGCGCAGUUGAGUUUCUGCCAGGACAGUCGGGGCUCGACAUUGUCACAAACUUUCUCGGUCUGUCAGAAGACAUGUCGAGCAACAGCGCAAGUUUGGUGAGCCUGCAGAAGAGCGUCAAGCAGCUGAGAAAAGAAGCAGGAUUCCGCAGAAUUAAGGUUUCUCAAGCAGCGGAAGAUCUGAAGAAGUUCUGCUUGGACAAUGCCCAAAAAGACCCUCUCCUCAUGGGGGUGCCAUCAAGCGACAACCCCUUUCGACCACCCAAAUCAUGUGCGCUCUUAUGAGGAGUCGUGAAGAAAUUGGAAAAACUUCGGAACAUUACCACAAAUGUUUUCACUACACAAGCCUCCGAUCCCUUUUACAUUACAGCAGAGCUGGAUCAUCACUACUAUUACACUAAAUUGUUUAAUUUGUAAGUUGUGACUUGAAGUCUUUCACGUUCAGCGAUGUGAGAAUGUUACUCUAGUAGAAGGAAAUUAAAGUGUUCAGUUGCUCAAAGAGUCCAUUGGAAAAGCCAUGGCAGAUAUGCAAAAAUAUUUGAUUCUUCUUUUUUUCUUAGCUAAUUUUUGAAUACUUGCCUACACAGAAAGAUUGCAAAAUGCUUUCUUGUCGUAACAUGUUCAGUUUAGGAAGAAACACUGAAAUUCUUUGUUUAUUGAUACAGUUAGGCUUAUAUACAUGGACUUUUGUUGCCAUGAAACUCAUGUAUUUAAGGUCAUUGAUUGUAUUAACCACAUAGCUCUAUUGAAGGAGAGAGAUGUCUUGUAUCUCAGGUUCUUUUUUAUAAAGAUUGAUACUGUGUCUCUGAUAUAAAUUCACUUGUCUAAAUACUGAAUGAGGUACUACUUUUUAUUCUAAUGUAUUUUCUCCAAUGUAGUGGGUAAAGGUUUCCGCAUAAUUUCUUAAAUGUUGUGCAUAAGGUUUAACACAAGUGUCGAUUUAUAUGUGUUUUCUGUGAUAUUUGCUGGUGAAAGGGUGACUAAGAGGGUAUAAGUUGGCCUGUUUUUGCAUAUACUCUGCCCUUGCAUGUUUAUUUAUCUCAUAUUAUACCUAUACUGUAUCUUUAUCAGGCAACCACUGGACAUUCAUGCAAAUGUCAUUUUUACUGCUGUCCUGCAUUGUUAACAUCUCAGUCUGUUUACCUCAUGUAUGUCUUGCGUUUUAGGUGAUCGAGGCUACAAGAGCAACAUCUGAUUUGUUAGCAGCAAGAUACAAACCUUUCCUUACAAAACUGAAUCAUGAAAGAUAAAUUAAAACGACUGAGCUUGAAAAUAUUCUUACACUGUUUAAACAAGAUCCCAAUUAAAUUUUCUAUUAUUUUAA